GACCCUCCAGCACACACACACGGGACAGGAAGUCAACGGCUACCUACGGAACACCUGCAGCAACUGUACUGCAAAGAAGACAGGUUCCACGUCCGGACUUUCACUCAGGAACUCUCAACAAGUGUCCUCAAACGAUAGGUCACUUUUUGGCUUAUUCUACUUUCCAUAUUGUACAUGUAUUUAUCAAAGUGCACCUAACUAUUGUAUUCACCGUCAUUCUGAUGGAUGUCACAUUCCACUGGUCGGACUAUUUAAUGUUUGCAUUCUGGCUGCUCAUCUACUCGGCUGUUGGCCUGUACCACCGGUUUCGGACACCGAUUCGCCGGAAAAUUAACCAGUGUUUGCAUCGCAAUCACCAGGAACGAGUGAAACAAGAUGACACGGAAACCAUCUUCCUGGGAAAUCGUCAAUUGUCACUAGUUCCUAUCGUCUGCAGUGUGAUGGCCAGUUUCUUGUCCGCUGUCUCUCUGAUGGGCACAACGAUGGAGGCAUAUGUUUAUGGGAUCGAAUUCAUUUGCAUGAUUCUGGCCUACUGUAUCGCGUUUCCACUUGCUGCGGAAAUCUACAUGCCUGUGUUCUAUAAACUUCGAUUAACCAGCGCACACGAGUAUCUGGAGUUCCGUUUCGGGAAAAGUGUGCGUUGGAUUGCUUCCCUGAUCUUUUGUCUUCAAAUGUGGUUCUACAUAUCGCUCGCCCUGUACGCCCCUUCACUGGCGAUCAGCCAGGUUAGUGGCCUUUCUCUGUGGAUAUCGCUCCUGACCACCGGAGCAGUCGCUACAUUCUACACAACGCUGGGAGGUAUUCGAGCGGUCGUUUGGACGGACGUAUUACAGCUGCUUGUACUCACAUUCGGACUUCUACUUAUCGUGAUCAUGGGUAUCGUUAAAGUUGGCGGUCCACAAGUUGUCUGGAAUAUCGCUUUGGAGGGAAAGCGUCUUCAGUCUUUCAGCUUCAGUCCAGAUCCUUUGCGGCGACAUUCCGUAUGGAUCUUGGCUUUCGGUGGAGCUGGCAUGGUGCUCAGCAUAUACGGAGGUAAUCAGACGCAAAUACAAAGGUACUUAUCAUGCAAGGACAUGAGAACUGCCCGAAGAGCAAUCCUUCUGAACAUACCAAUGAAUUCGAUAUUCCUGGUGGUCCAACUCGCCGCUGGCCUGGUAGCCUAUGCCUACUUUAUCGACUGUGACCCGAUCGGUGCGAAACUGGUGAAGAAAGCGGAUCAGUUGUUGCCCUACUUGGUCAUGGUUCUGUUUGAUGGAAUUCCUGUGAUACGUGGCCUCUUCCUGUCCAUUAUAUUUGCUGCAGCCCUAAGCACUGUUUCUUCCGGUGUGAACAGCCUGGCUACUGUGAUUUUGGAGGAUAUCUUCCGACCUCUUUUCUAUUUUAUAUCCGGCAAGGAUGUAAAGCCGAAAUCACGAACGCUCCUGGCCACAUUAUUCUCUGCUCUUGUAGGUCUGUCCACAGUUGGACUGGCCUUCCUGUUCGAAGUGAUGAGCUCACAUGUUUUGCCGUUCGCCUUCAGUCUGUUCGGGGCUAUCGGUGGUCCUAUCCUAUCGAUCUUCACACUGGGUAUCCUCGUGCCAUGUAUCAACAAAUACGGUGGGAUAGCUGCGCUUCUAGCGAGCCUCGCAGUUGGACUGUGGCUUAGUAUAGGUGCCAUUGUUUAUCCAACCCCGGUGCCUUCGCUGCCUCUCUCAACAGCCAACUGCUCGAUGAAUGUGACAACUGCGGCAAACGUUGUAGCGGCAACCCGAACUGUCUACUCAAUAUCCUACCUGUACUACACACCAGUAUGCCUUUUUGUGGCGCUCGUCUUUGGCCUUGUCUUCAGUGCGAUAUUUCGAUUCAACAGCAAAUCCCCGGUUCCAUCGCAGCUGCUGGCCUGGCAGGCUCGGGUGUUCUAUCGACGCAUAUCCGUUCCGUUUGCACCACAAUGGCGUGAUCAGAAAGUUGUCUCGACUGAGGAUCAGGUAUCGAUCGAACUUCAAUGACAGAAGCCUUUCAGGUAGGAUCUUUUGGAUGACGACCGCAAGGAUAGAUUUACAAACAAAUCAAAAAACAAUUUUGCAUCCUGAAGUAUGUAACCAUGAUUUCUCGUUUAUAUCACAUCGUUGUACCGAAGAUAGACACGUUAUUUUUAUCUAUGAAUAAAUUUGAUUCUCCAA